CGACUUGAUCUUGGGGUUGUGCUUUCCAGCCCCACAUCGGCUGUAAAGAUUAUAACUGAACAGACUUUAAAAAGGUCAAGCGAGCCAGGCCACGCAGGGCCUUGAAUGCCAAGCAAACAAUUCUUUAGCUAUGGAAGCUCACACUGCUUGGUGGAUGGUUUACUGCCCAGGCUCACAGAGGGCAGCAAAAGGCUCCAGGGCAGCUAGCUAUUCCUCACAAGGCGGGGGACCGGAUGGGGUAGGAUGGGGACAGGCUGAGAUAAGUGAUUGGAGUCAUGGCAAAUGAAAAACAUCUCGUGAAGUUUCUUGUUUGACACAUCUCCAGGAUCUCAUUUGCCAGUGCCCUUUCGGCAGGAAAUCACAGGGGCUGUCAUCCAGCAUCCUGAUAAGCCUCAGGCAGUCACCGAAGUUCACUCCUGCUACGGCAGACAUCUUGCCAUCCAGAGGGGAGAGAAACAUUCUCCACUACCUGCCAAUCUCAGGAAAGCUCUUCCUUUUCUAUUCUCUGCUUCCAGAAAGAAGAAUGGUGCUCAGGAAUACCAGUGGAGGGUUUCUGAGCAUCGAUCCUACAGCCCCGGCCUGGGAGGGCACACUCACACCAGUGAAUGGAAGUGACAAGGACCAUCUUCCAAGUAACAACGUGGAAAUCCUGAUCGUGACUUUGCUGACCUUCAUCUUUGCCCUGGGCGGGCUGGUGGGAAACGUGACCGUGCUCUGGCUGCUGGGCUGCCGCAUGCAGAGGAACGCUUUCUCCGUCUACAUCCUCAACCUGGCAGGAGCUGACUUCCUCUUCCUCUCCUCCCAGGUUGUAUAUGCCCUGGAGGCGCUCAUCAACUUCCAUUCGGUGUACUUUUUCAUCCCCAGAUUUUUCACCACCAUGUGGACCUUCGCCUACAUCGCGAGCGUGAGCAUUCUCAGCGCCAUCAGCACCGAGCGCUGCCUGUCGGUCCUUUGUCCCAUCUGGUACCGCUGCCACCGCCCAAGACACACGUCAACUGUGACGUGUGGCCUGCUCUGGGCCCUCUCCCUGCUGCUGAGCAUCCUGGAAGGGGAGUACUGUGGCUUCCUGUUUAGGGAUUUUGACCCUGGAUUGUGUCUGGUGUUUGAUUUUGUCACGGCCGCCUGGCUGAUUUUCUUAUUUGUGCUUCUCUCUGGGUCCAGCCUGGCCCUGCUGACCAGACUGCUGUGGGGCUCCCAGCGGAUGCAGCUGACCAGGCUGUAUGUGACUGUGGGGCUCACAGUGUUGGCCUUCCUCUUCUGCGGCCUGCCCUACGGCAUUCACUGGUUUCUCGUAUUCUGGAUUCAGCAGGGUUUUGAUGAGUCCCUCUGGUAUCUUUAUCUGGCUGCGCUCACCCUGUCCUGUGUCAACAGCUGUGCCAACCCCAUCAUUUACUUCUUUGUUGGCUCCUUCAGGCAGCGGUGGCCCCGGCAGCGGAAGACCCUCAGGAUGGUUCUCCAGAGGGCCCUGCAAGACGCAUCGGGAGGGGAUGACAGCGAAGUCCGCCUGCCUCAGGAAACUCUGGCGAUGUCGGGAAACAGUCUGGUGCCCUGAUUUGGCGUCUGCCUCAGUCAGAGAAAUGUGGCUUUGAGAACCAACUUUGUCCCUAUCGGUUGGGGAGGUUUUCUUCACUUCUCUCGGCCUUGGGGCCCCUGACCUUCAAACCCUAAAGUUGUAAGAUAAACCUUAUGGUUAAGAUAAUAUCCUCCCUCGUGAGGACUGCGGCGGUACCUGUGAAACAAACACUGAGUGUCGUGCCUCAGGGACGGCCUUCCCCAGGGCCUUCGCUGCACCCCAAACUCUACCAACUCCGGGGUCCACUUUAGGAGAACCCCACCUUCAGCACAGGCUGAAAGCAGCGCAGGACGGUCUAAAUUCGUUUGGGCGCUAAACUUGGGAGGGAAGGGAAGAACAUUCCAUGGCAAGUUUCUGUGGUCACCCUCCUGCAUCUUGUCUCCAUAAAAUUGAAAGAAUUAAAGAGCAGACUAGCCUUCGAGAGCAGUCUUCUUUGAUUUUGGCAGGGCCUAGAAUAUGUCCCUACCUUAAUGUUUAUUGAAUCCAAGACUUAACAAACGAAUAAAUGACGAAUUUUUAAACCAAGCCUGUGCUAAACACCCAUUUCCCAGAAUUGAGUCACCAUCCGUGAGUUUUUCCUUCGCCAUUUUCAGUCUGUGCGAGCAAAGUUAAGUUUUAUAACCGGAUAAAUCGACGUUGAAGCAUGCUUAAGGUUUGAGGCAGGUCGUCUUGCUAUGAUUUCCUGUCCCAAGCCCUCCUGCGGAACCUCAUAGGGGUCCCUUCUCACUCCCGCUGCACCCCCACCCAAGUGCUCUCGCCCUGGUUCUCCCUCCCAGAAGCUCUCCGGUCCUUCGUGGCAAAACGUCUGGAACACUAGACUCUUCUCUAGUCCUCAGAGAACAGGAUCUUUGUCAGAUUUACUUCUUAUUCUGCAGAGCUCCCAACGUUAGUUGUAUAAAUCUGAUUACAAAUACCUCUAAAGUUACACGUUCUAUAAAAACAAUAUAUUAAGUUCAAAUGUUGCAUCUUUUAAUAAUUUUUUAC